GAAGAAUGGAAAAAAUUUCGUAGUGUGAUGGACAAGAAAAUGAUGAGACCACAUGAAGUAACAUGCUAUUCUGAUAGAAUCAAUGAUGUCUGCAAUGAUCUCAUCCAACGUCUUAAACGAUGUCGUGGUAACGACGGUAUUAUACCCGAUAUCGAGAAUGAAAUCAAUAAAUAUACAGCAGAGUCUAUUGCAACUGUUCUAUUCGAAAAACGUUUGGGAAUGUUCAAAGAGCCAAUCGAACCUAAAGCUGAACAGUUCUAUCAAUCUAUUACCAAAAUUUUAGAAGCUAUUAAUGAAAUAUUUAUUGUCCCUCCCUUCAUUUUCAAGUAUAUCUUUACUAAGCACUGGAAAGAACUUAUUAAAUGGAACGAUAUCGCUUCCGAAUUCGCUGAUGAGAUUAUUGAAGAGAAAAGAAAACAAAUUGAAAAGAAGAUUGCGAGCAAGGAUGAUAUAACCCGAUCGGACGAUCGAGUCGAUUUUCUUAGUUAUGUUAUUGCUACAGGUAAAUUAACUCGAAGUGAAGCCAAUACAGCAACAACUAUUCUAUGGACUUUAUAUAAUCUGGGUAGAAAUCCACACGUACAAGAUAAAUUGCGAAGCGAGGUUCGUAGUGUUAUGAAAGAUUGUAAAGAACCGGAUACAGGUAUCAUAGAAAAGAUGCCAUAUUUACGUUCGUGCGUGAAAGAAACAUUGAGGUUAGAACUUCAGCCAAUCGCCUUAGCUCUACCCAGAGCUAUUGAUAGUGAUCUUGUACUUAGCGGAUAUAAAGUACCAGCCAAGACUUUAGUUAUGAUCGCCAGUUACGUUAUGAGCAGAGAUGAGUCAGUUUUUCCCAAUUCAAGCCAGUACAUGCCGGAAAGAUGGCUAAGAGGCAGCAAUCGUGAAGGAUAUAAUAGCGAUAGCCGAUUUCAAUAUUUACCAUUUGGUUUUGGUCCACGUAUGUGUAUUGGAAAACGCGUAGCAGAGAUGGAAAUACAUACUUUGUUAUUAAAGGUUAGCUACUUCAAACUUGAUCUAUUCUCUCAAGUAUACAGAUAA